AUGAGCGCACAGCGGGCGAAACUAGCUCUUGUGCUCUGUGUCUUCGGGACCUUGUCCCAGGCUUCGCGCCCGACGCGCCAGGACGAUGUGCUCUCGCUGGAAGGCGGCGAAGAAAGUGGCGGCACUAGUGGACCCGAUGUCACCGAGAGCUCGAUGGGAACUCUCCUUCCGAAGGCUUGCGGAGGUGAUGGCAUCAUUUACCUGGAGGAAGGGGUGACCUAUCGCACAGAGAAAUCCAAUCACAGCAUCCCGGACAACUGUCAUACACUUCAGGGAGCUCCGUCUUCGCGCAUCCUGCUGUAUGCAGGCAUCAGCUUUGCCAGCACCACUGCCGUCAUCCGUGCCCCCCUGCGGAUAACCAUGGCACCGGACGUUGAAACCCUGAGCUCUCCUGCUAUUCGGAGCACGGGCAGCUUGCAAGCGGUCUCGCCGAAGGACCGCGUGCUAGAGUUCCACGACAUAUCAACUUCAGCUACGACUGCUGCUCUGGCUGCAGCAAAUAACGGUAGUGUCCAGCUCGGUGGUGAAGGCACGAUGAUCUUUGAGAACCUGCGAAGCUUCGGGGCGCCAGUAGCAGAUGUCAAUUUCUUCGAUGUGAACAGCACGGUAACCCACUUAACGGUUCGCAAUGUUACCAACGAGCGCGGGGCUGGGGCCAUCUAUGGAGGUCGCCAAGUUCACAUUGACAGCAAUGGCACUGUGCGUUUCGAGAACUGCACGUGCAAAGGCCGGGGGGCUGCCAUCGCAAGUGUCGGCCAGUUGAAGCUGACAGGAGACGCAGCAUUUGUCUUCGAAGAGUGCAGCAGCGGUGCAGCAACGACAGGAAGUGUGACAGGGGGCGGAGCCCUGUCCAGCUUGGCAGAUGUAAUGCUGCAGCUUGGAACAAAGGGGUCAGCCGUCUUCAGGCGGUGUUGGUCAAGAGGCUCUGGCGGUGCCAUCUACAGUGGGGGUGACAUGAAUGUCACCGGCGGCAGCAUCUCCUUCGACGGCUGCCGUGCCGGGAGCGGAAAUGGACAUGCGAUAGCUGCAGGCCACGGCCUCCUCCAGAUCAGUGAGCUGACCAGGGUCGCGCUUGAAGGCAUGGAGAGCUACAUCGGCUCGCCCAUUUUCGCACGUGAUGCAGCCAUCCCUGUCGUUGGGGAUCUUCUACCGGAGGAUGUGUUCGAACUGGAAAUGCUGAUGGCAUCGAAGCCACCGAGCCAGGGUGACCACGUAUGUCCGGCAGGCUCUCGGUUCAAAAUUGACACAAACGGCGCCCCCAUUCUCGGUAAGUGCCAGAUGUGUGGAUCUGGCACUGUCUCGCUGGCGACCUCAACUUUGGAGGUUGAAGGGCGAGUUGCGGCUGCGGAAGAUGGCAUGCGCAUUGUUCUCGUUCGGCGAGGAUCUCCCAAUGCCAUCCGGCCGCUGUCCGACAACAGAUCAACACCGGAAAGAUGCAAAGGCCACAGCUUUUGCUUGGGCCUCGCCCGCGGCGACUGGGCGCCGGCGUGGAAAACCUUUCCGGUCAUACUGGAAAAGCACAAUCAGUUGGCCUUCACUUUCGAUCGCGGCAUGUUCAGGACUGAAGACGGAUGGAUACUUGCAGUGGCUUAUGACUCCUAUGCUCCCAAUACCCCUCUGGCCUUCUUGAAGGGCUUGAACAGCGCAUCGUGGAGAAUCCAAAGCGAGACAGGCAUGUUCACAGCGGACGAGUAUGGCCAUAUCAGCCCGAGGCAGGCACCGGAUCUGGUCUUCGGUAUUGUCAGCGAGGUGAACUACACCUUUCAACCCGAAAAAAACCCUUACUUGGCCUGCCUCCCGUGCCACGACGUUGCAAGCGAGAUGGCCGACAAGAUCCAGUGCCACGGGGCAACGUCGGCCAGCUCCCUUCGAGGCUACAUGCUCCUUCACGUAGCAGGGAAGCAGAGGCUGGAAGUCCACCGCUGCCCCAACUGCAUGGCCUGUCCCGGUAGCAACCUCAGCCUCACCAGCGCCGGUGAGCUCGCCGCUCGGAGCAGGCUUUGCGCCGAAGGCUAUCAGAGCAGCCCUGGCUGCAUCCGCUGUGAGCCUGGCUACGGCCGCCACAUGCUGGACCCCUUCGUCUGCGCUCCAUGUGCAGGUCGGUCCUUGGUGCAGCAGGUGGGCAUGGCUGUUGUCUCCAGCGGCCUUUUCUACGUCCUUGCCCUCAACUCCGCCAAACCGCAGACCGACACACAGCAGAUCUUCAAGGUAUUCCUGGCAUUCCUCACCAUCUCUUGCCGGAGCCUCUCCGCUUUGCCCAACACCCGGCACUACAAGAGAUUGAUAAGUGAUAUCUACGCCGGGGCUCAGGCACUGUAUCAAUGCCUCUUCGCAGUGGACCUCGUGAUCAGCACUGAGCCAGGGUCCAUGAACUCCUCCUACGACUGCUGGGGCUUGGUAGACGGCCCAGUCAAUUUGUACUGGAGCAUCUUCUUGUCUUGGUCCAUCCCGACGGCUUUGCUGCUGUUAUCUUGGUGCUGGCUCGGCAAGCGCGGUUGGCUGAAGGCCCUGGUGGUGUGGGGGAAUAUGUUCGUCCCCCCUCUCAUUGGGGCGGCAGCGAAGCUUCUGCCUUGCUUCUCCACUCAGGCCGAGGGGUCCCGGAUCCUCAUGUACGAGGCUGCUUUUGGCACCCCGUGCGUCGAAAGCUUGUCGCUUCUCCUGAAGCUACCGCGAUUUUGGCUGGCUGCCGCGACAAGCCUUCUGCUACUUCUCGUCGGACCCCUCCUUUGGCUCGCGCUGGCAGCGAGGGAUCCGGGGAAGGAGCUCUGGGAAGGGCGGAGGGAGACGGCGGCCUUCCUAGUGGCUGGCUACAGGCCAACACUCCGAUGGUGGGAGGUCAUCGUCCUCGGGCGAAAAGCAGCUGUUUUUGUAGUGGCUACUUUGCUUCCAAUGUCGUGGGCUCCUGCAUCUCACUUGGUCUAUCUUCUUGGUAUCAUGAUUGUUGCAGAGAUCCUUCACGUCACGAUUCGGCCUUAUGCCAGCCCUUUCUUGAACCGACUGGAAGCACAGAUGCUGGGAAUCUCCUCGGCAUGUUUAGUGCUUGUGAUCUCUUUGAUUGUCGAAUGGCCUUUCAUGCCCUAUGCCAUGUACGUUGCCAGCAGCGCUCUCUUUUUCGCACUCACGGCCGGGGUCUACAUCUAUUUCCUGUGGAUCUACAUCCGCAGCGCAUUUGCCAAGACGUCAGACAUGGGGGAAGAGGACGAGGAAGCAGAUGAACAGAGCUAG